UAUAUAUCAUAGGAAAGUCUGUAGACGGUGGAGAGGGAAAUGUUUAUCAAGUGUACACGAUAGCCGCAUACGCGUGCACCUUAUAUAUCACUUUUUAGAAUUUUAAUUUAUCAAGUGUACGUGAUAGCCGCAUGCGUUAAGUGUCAGACUGUCAACCGCGCGAGCCGAGUUCGAUUCCCGGCGAGCCGUCUUUUUUUUCUCGAUAUUAAUUUUAUUAUAUAGAAGGUGGAGGGGGGGAUUAGUCAUGCGGCUCACACCUUAGAUUUUAGAACAUAUAUACCUGGAAGGGGAAUGCCCUAUACUUCCCGUGGAAAAGAUCUGUGUCCAAGUUGGGUGCGAGAGAGAAAGGUAGAGAUUAACCUUUGCUCGCAAUGCGCAAGCGUAGAGAUGACGUCACGUCACGUUCCCCUAUUGGGGAAUAGGGAAUUGAAAUGUGUCCGGAGGAAACAGCACGGUGAACGUGACGUGACGUCAUCUCUACGCUUGCGCAUUGCGAGCAAAGGUUAAUCUCUACCUUUCUCUCUCGCACCCAACUUGGACACAGGCUCAAGCCUUCAUUCCCCUUCCAGGUAUAUAUGUUCUAAGGGAAAAAGCCGUGCGGUAAAAUUAUUACCGCACACUUUAUCGCUGUCUUCGUUUAUCUCCCAGCACAAUUGCCGAUCUCUCUUCCACACGCCAUCUGCCAACACACAUAUCUUUAGGUUGGAAUACCUGUCAAACGAGCAAAGUUUAGAGAUGUGCGCAUGCUCGCCAAGUGUACAUCGCAUGCGCGUGUUGCAGCGCUUGCGCGUGUUACAGCGCUUGCGCAUGUCACUACACUUCGACGUCUUCGACAGAUGACAGGUUAACCUCAAAGUUUUUACAAAGUUUAUUAGUAAUUAAUAGUGACAUUAAGCAAUGACAUCAAAUAUGAGUGUCAUAAAUGAGACAGAUAGUGAGAGCCUUACACCUGCAGAAGUAGUGGAAACUGCUAAAACCGCAAUCGAAAAUCUCUUGCCGGAAAAAUCAAAAGAAAAAUAUACUACUGCCUAUAAUAAAUUUAUGGACUGGAGAACUAAAAAUAAAGUUAAAUCAUUUUCUGAAAAUACACUCUUAACGUAUUUUACGGAAAUGUCACACAAUCACAAACCAACCACUUUGUGGGCAAAUUACUCGAUGCUGAAGACCACUCUGAGCAUCAACAAUGACAUUAACAUUCACAAUUAUAAAAAACUUACGGCAUUUCUCAAAAGAAAAUCACAAGGAUUUCAAUCUAAAAAAUCACAAGUUUUAACACCAGAACAAAUUCAAAUAUUUCUGAAUGAAGCUCCUGACGACACAUAUUUGGAUACGAAGGUAGCUAUGAUUUUUGGAAUUUGUGGCGCAUGUAGAAGAGAAGAACUGACCCAAAUAACAAUUAAUGAUAUUGAAGACAAAGGAUCUAUAUUGCUAGUAAAAAUUCCAAAAACAAAAAAUUACAAACCAAGAUCCUUUGUAAUAACCGAUGAAUUCUACAGCAUUUUUAAAAAAUAUAUAACUUUGAGACCAAAAGAUGUCGAAAAUUCAAGAUUUUUCCUGAAUUACCAAAACGGACGAUGCACUAGACAACCAAUUGGAUUAAAUAAAUUUGUCAAAAUACCAAGAAUCAUAGCAUCAUAUCUUAAACUACCAGAUCCUCAAUCAUACACUGGCCAUACUUUCCGUCGCACUUCCGCAACAUUGUUAGCAGAUUCUGGAGCUGAUAUAAUAACGUUAAAGCGACACGGUGGUUGGAAAUCAAAUACAGUUGCCGAAGGCUACAUAGAGGACUCCUUCAAUAACAAAAAGAAAAUAUGCAACCAAAUAACAUGUUCAAUACUGAAUAAGCCCACCACUUGCACUUCACAAGAAUCAGAAAUAAAUAUUAAUAAUCCAUCAACAUCAAAUGAAGUAUUACCCGAAACAAAAAAUGUUUCGGUAAACCUUCGGAAAACCCACGUAUAUGAAAUAAGGGAU